AUGUCUUGGCGGGAGCUGCUGCCCCCGUGGCUGGUGAUCACAGCAGGGCUGACGGGCAUCGUGCUGCUCUGUGUCUCCACCAAAGAUGUGCCCAUCCCACCUCUCGGGACCAAGUAUGGAAUUGUUUUGGAUGCUGGCCCUUCCCACACCAUCCUGUUCAUCUACCAGUGGACCACUACCAAAGUGGACAAGACCGGGGUGAUCAGGGACUGGAGCUCCUGUCCUGUGCCAGAUCUGGGAGCCUCCAGCUACUGGGAUUCUCCUCAGAAAGUUGGGAAGAGCUUGGAGCCGUGUUUGAACUGGGCCCAGAAGGAGAUCCCAGCAGAGCAGCACAGCCAAACCCCUCUCUACCUGGGAGCCACCGCCAGCCCGAGGCAGCUGAACCUCAGCCAUCCCACCCUGACUGAUGGUCUCCCUGCUGCCCUGACUGUGGCCCUGAAGUCAUCCCCCUUUGACUUUCAGGGGGCACAAAUCCUGUCCAGCCAAGACAAAGAAGCCUUCAACUGGGUUGCCAUUAACUAUGUCCUGGAAAACUUCUUCAAGUACGACUGGCGAGGGCAGUUGGUCCCAUCCAGGAAGGGGAUGGCAGGAGUCCUGUCCAUGGGAAGAACCUCCACACAGCUCACUUCCAAGGUGGAAGGAGAGAAGCAGGCAGCCAAGGAGGCAGUGAGGCUGCAGCUGUACGGGCAGACACACCACGUGCAGACCCAGCCCUGCCCCUGCCACACCACGGAGCGGCUCCGCCACCGGCUGCUCUCCAGGCUCAUCCAGGACCAGAGAAGUGCUGCAGCUGUGUCUAACCCCUGCUGGCCCCUCACCUACUCCCAGGAGGUGCAGUGGCAGUCGGUGCAUGCUGGGCCUUGUGCAGUCAGUGGUGACACAGGGGACAUCCCUGGCCAGGAGAUCUUCAAUGUCAGCGGCUCCAGCGACCCCAGUGCCUGCAUGAGCCUCGUGCACAGCCUGCUCAGCUCCUCCUCCUCCUGCAGCUUCUCCAACCAUUCCCUCAGCAGUGUUUCCAAGCCCCUCCGGACCAGGUUUCUUGUGAUUUCUGAGGCCAUGGACUUCAUGAGAGAAGUUGUGCCCUCUCCUGAUUUGGGUCAGGCAGUCAACAGGCUUUGUGGGAUGUCUGCCAAAGAGCUGGUCAAGGAGUCUCAGAGAAGCCUGGAUACCCUUGCUGAUUACUGCCUUGUGUCUGCCUUCAUCUUUCAUCUCAGUACACAGGGAUACACAUUUGACUUUGAUGGGUCUGUUUGGACUGCAUUCCAGAAGAAGAUGGGUGAUCCAUCCUCUGGCUGGACUCUUGGGUACCUGCUGAAUCUGACCAACACCAUCCCCAAGGACAGCCCAAGCUUCCUCAAGGGGAUUGAACCAGGGGUCUGGUCUUUGCUCCUCAUCCUCUUUGUUGUGCUGCUCACGGGCUCCUUCAUGCGCAUCUCGUACCGAGUGAUGGUCAAGGAGAGCAGCCCCAGUGACAGGAACAGCAGUGUUUUUGAUGACAACUGA